CUCAAGGUUGCUGAACUUUCCGGAAAUUCACCGCCAAUUUUCAACCUUUGAUCCCUAGUAACAAUCGCAGCAAACAUGCUCAAGACCUACGACGUUCUCAUCAUCGGAGGUGGUCCAGCAGGACUCGCCAUUGCCACUGGUCUUGCUCGACAGCUCUAUACCUCUCUGGUGCUUGACUCGGGUGGCUACCGCAACGAGCGGGCAACCCACAUGCAUAACGUUUCCGGCUUUGACCACGUUAAUCCAGCCGUCUAUCGCGCCAAGGCAAAGCAGGACCUCCAGAAGCGAUAUGAUACGAUUGAUUUUGCGUCUGCCAAAAUCCAAACGGUCCGAAAAGUGGCCGACUUGUUCGAAGCGGUAGAUGACCAGGGAAAGACCUACCAGGGACGCAAGCUAGCGUUAGCGACAGGUGUCAGAGACGUCCUUGAGGAGCAGGUCGAGGGGUUCGCGGAGUGUUGGGGGCGCAGCAUCUUUCACUGUCUCUUCUGCCAUGGCUACGAAGAACACGGCGCAGACUCCGUCGGUGCUCUCGCUACGGGCGCUCCUCCCCCCGAGGCGGUCGCCCAUAUCGCUAUGAUGGCUAAGCGACUCUCCAAGCACGUUAAUGUCUAUACCAAUGGAAAUCCCGAGCUCAUCACCUCGACAAAGGCACUUAUCCAUAGUAAUAAGAUUGCCUUCGAUGACCGGAAAAUAAUCAAGUUCGAACACCGAGACGGUUCCGAGGACAAGCCACCCUUCGUGGUGUUGCAUUUUGAAGAUGGCACCUCCAAAAAUGAAGGAUUCAUUGUGAGCCGACCCCGCGUGGAGCAGCGUGCACCAUUUGCGAGCCAACUGGGCCUGGAGAUGACGCCGGCGGGGCAUAUCAAAUUAUCACCGCCGUUCAAUGAGACGAGCUUGCCAGGUUGUGUGGCUGCUGGGGAUGCAGGAACCCCCCCACCCAUGCAUGCAGUUGUUCAAGCUGUCCAGAUGGGAACGUUUGCUGCAGUUGGAUUGGUGGCUCAGUUGCAGAGGGAGCUAGAUGCAAAGGACCAGCUCUAAGGAACAGCAAUUGUGUCGCAGCGAAGACCUCGGAAGUAGGCAAUCAGCUGAGGGGUCGGAGUUUUAUUUGACUUUCUAUUCUCAUUACCACUUGGAUUCUUUUUCAAAUCGGAUAUUAGUUGGUAGUGUCGCCGUUUGGCAAAUGUUUGCGGGGGAUGGUAUCCACUAUCCCCAGAUUCCGGACUAGCUAGACGCUCUGGGAGUUGCGGCGAUAGCAGGAAGUCAAAGGAUUGUAUGAACUAAAGAUAGGGGAUGUUUUGCUGACUAUAGAUCAGAUAGUCGGCAUGAAGGCUUCCCGUACCUUUUUAUUGAUCGGGCUCCGGAGAAAUCAAUCCUGGGUUAUCGAAAUGCCAGAUCGUAUUCUGC